CCCAGUUCAAUUUUGCAAAUGAAAUGCCUCAGGACAUUAAAUUUGAGCGGUAACAUGCUCAAUGAAGUUCCAAAAGAGAUUGGUGAAUUGAUUCAUUUGAGAUAUAUGGAUUUGUCUCGUAGUCGUAAUUUGAAAAAAUUACCAGAUGCUGUGUGUGAUUUAUACAAUCUACAAACUCUGGUCCUUGUUCACUGCUAUGAACUUGAGAAACUACCCAAGGCAAUGGGAAAGUUGAUUAACUUGAAGCAUCUAUAUGUUGACGGUAGUUUUAUGCUGACGUACUUACCGAAAGGGAUUGGGAAUUUGAAAAGUCUGGAAGCACUAGACUGCUUUUAUGUACUUGAGGGUGAUGAUGAAGCAUUGAAAUUUGGAGAUCUCGGAAUCAUGGACCAGCUUCAGGGGAGCCUUGAGAUAAAAUAUUUCGGGAAUAAUGCGAGAAAUGAUGCGAGUGAGAUUGAGAAAGCAGAGUUGAGGAAUAAGGAGCACCUCUCUCAUUUAGGAGUAAAUUUCCUCGCAGGUCGAGAGCAGAGAAAAGGUGAUUCAGAAAUAGUGAAAGCAUUGCAACCACAUCAAAAUUUGAAAUCUUUAGACAUUUGGAAUUGCCAAAUGGGCACCACUGAGUCUCUCUAUUGGAUCAAGUCUUUACGCAAUUUGAGAAAACUUCAUCUCGCUUGCUGGAUAUUUUGUGAAGUUUUGCCUCCUCUUGGAAAAUUGCCAUCGCUUAAAAUUCUAGAGAUAGAGGGGAUGGAGAAAGUGAAAAAGGUGGGAGUUGAAUUUCUGGGAAUAGAAGAAGAAGAAGAAGAGGAAGUCUCAGGAAUUCUAUUCCCCAAAUUGAAACUGCUUUCUUUUGGAUUCAUGGAGAACUGGGAAGAGUGGGCCUUUUUUUCUGAAAUGACAAUAAUGCCAGGCCUUUCUUUCUUGUGAAUUUGGGACUGCCCAAAGCUAAAAGCACUGCCAGACUUCCUCGACGAGAUAACAACACUGCUUACUUUGGAUAUCGGGAAUUGUCCAAUUCUGGAAGGAGAAUACGAAAAAGGCGUGGGGAAGCCAUUUCUCACAUCCCAAACCUCACAAUUGGAAGGAACUGAAUAGAAAAUCCAACCAGCCUAUAAUUUCAUUCAGGCUCGUUCAACUUUCAUAAGAUGAUUCAACUCCAACCAAAAUGUAUGAACAUAUUUUCAAAGCAAAUCAUUUUUCCUUCGAUGAGGAUGUUCUCUAUCUCUUUAAUUACUAGGCAUGCUUCUAUCUCUAUCCAUGUCCUCUUAUGGAUUCACACUGCAGUCAGGUUCUUCAUGAACUUGCAAAUGCAAAUGGAAUGAAUGCCAGUCAGUCAGGAUAGUUAUGCUAGCUAGAUACACUUAAGGACCGCAUAUUGAAGCUUCUAGAACUAAGAAUGUCAUUGGAGUUGUAAAGCUGUUGAAGCUCUCUAGAUAGCAAAGGUCGUGACUGAAUUAACUUUUGAAGUUGGAGUUCAUCCAAUCUGACGUGCUUAUGCAACAUGUUGGGGAUAUGGACUAUUCUUCAGUCGCUUAAAUGUUUCAAAGGACGGGAUAUGUAUCAGGUGGACUUUCACCACAAAGGAAAUUUGGUAUGCAUUUGACUGAUUGAAGUGGCCCUUAACUCAAUAUGUUAUCAGUAUCUUAAGCAAUCCAAUGUACGUAAUAUUAAAGGCUUCAAAUUACGCACAUUCUAGUUGUGAAACUAAAUUGCCUAUGUUUGAUAUCUAAUUUCCAUGGCGUCGGUUUUCGUGUCUUGGGCGGAAGCUUUUUGUGAAAGGGAUUUUAAUGCUGAUUGAGAUUUGGUAGAUGGGCCUUGAAAGAUUUUGUUUAAUCUGUAUCCUCACAAUAAACAUGGAGCCCGAUAAAUGGUGUAAACUCAGACUGAAAGAUUUAUUGAACAUCCUCUAGUAACAAACCCUGCCACCUCACCAUCAUCGAAGGUAGUGGUCUAGAUCCAUUAUGUUAAGCUACACCUGCAAAUAGUCUAACCAUGAGAACUAUGGCCCUAACAUUGCAACUUUAUGCAUGUAUAGACGUGUGUGUGUGUGUGUGUGUGUGUUAGUUACAGGUUCAUGUUAAAAGUUCAGUGUCUGAAGCUUGAUUAGUGUUUCACUAGGAUGAGGGAUUUGAAAUGCAAAAUCAAUUCAAGUUAAAUGGUGGUUUAGUAACUGGAGCUACAAGACACUGUUGAGUGACGUUGGUUGCUUAUUUGUCGAAGCACCAAAUGAUCCUUAAUUCCCGCUGGAGAAAUGAACACAUUGUAGGAAUUAGGAUUAUCAAGCGGUGGUGGUACACACCAAAAAGAUGGGAGUUGGAAGCUGUUUGUGCAAUCUGUAUCAUAUAGUAGCCACGGCAAAUGUAUUCUGAAAGAUUUGUUGGACAUCGUCUCACUCAAACUCUGCCAACAUCAUCAUCGUCGAAGGUAAAUAAAUAUAGGGUCCGGAUCUGUAGUACUCCAUUUUGUUAAGCUGCAUUCCCUUACAGUCUGGCCUUGAUCAAAAUCAGUGGCCCUAAGAUUGCAAAUAUAGCAUUCGAUAUAUAUUUACUUGCAGGUUCAUGUUACAGUUUAGUCUGUAAAGCUCGAUGCGUGUAUUUAUUUGUGAAAGAUGGUUCAAUAAUUGGAGUUGCAGGAUUAUGUUAGUAUGGUAAAUUGUUUCAUUUCCUCGUAGUUCAUGUCUGGUGUGUGUUACAUAUUCUUUUGUUAACAGCUUUGUUUUUUCAUAUUUACUUUUUCAAUCAAGUUCCCAUAAAAAAUUUCUUUUUGUUUCAUAUUUUCCACCAGAUUCAAAGUUCUGUUAGUAACUUAACAUAAUUACUCCUUCUGCAGAGG